GGUUCGGUCAAGGAAAGCAAGAGUAUCACCAGCAUAGAGACCAUGUCUCAGCUGUACGCAGACAAACUCAUUGAGGCUGUGCCUGUGGGUCCCUAUACAUUGGCUGGGUGGUCGAUGGGGGGCUUUCUGGCCUUAGAGACCGCCGCCAGGCUCGCCAAGAUGGGCCUACUUCCACACAACUCAAUCGGUUUGGGCAAAAUGGGAAUGUGGGCUACGCGUGCACCACAGUGGCUGCACCAACACCACAAACAAAAACACGAAGCGUGA